CUGUUGAUUGCGUCAACCCAGCGUUCAAUAUAUCCGUGUUCUGGUAAGAUUGUUUGUGCUUUCCCGGCUGAAUCCAUUCGCCACUUGUGACGUUCGCCGGAGAUCGCUUGCAAGUCAAGUAACUGUGGGACACUCGUUCACUCAAAAAGCGGCCGCCCUCAGAAUGGAUCCCAAUGAGAAGCACGGCAAGGACGACCCUAGGUUCUUCUCAGUCGAGAACACCCCGAACUGGCCCGCUGGGUCGAGCAAAAGCGAAUCGAACGACAUCCCGUUGUCUGACAUGGGGUACUACAACCCAAAUGAGAGAGAUUAUGAUACGCUGAUGAACCCGCUACACAUGGACAAAUUUAAGGCGUGGUAUGAUAUCUUAAAAUCGGACGACGUCGAGGGUUACAACAACAUGAUGAAAUGUGGAACAGAUGAAAAAUUAGGCCUUCUGAACAAGAGGUUUCUUUACUGCCCAUCGUAUUCGAAAAAGUUGAAGGAUUUGCGUGAAGAAAACAGCCGCAUUGAGUUUGAGACGCCACUUUGUGUCGCUGCAGCUAGUGCAUCGCGAAGGGUUUUUGUGUGCAUGCUCAAAGACGGGGCGAAUGUCUUGAAUACCGAUAUUGAAGGAUGUAACGUCAUUCACACGCUGGUCAGAGCCUGCAACUGUGCUGACGGCUUUGAAUAUAUGUAUAUGGAAAUGCUGAAGGCAGUGAUGAAUAUAUAUGAUGUCGGAACGUUAAAGAAACUCCUCUUCCACGAAGAUGUGUUAGGCUUUCGACCACUAGAGGCCGCUGCGAAAUACGGGACGUUCGGACUUUUCCGGAUAAUCUUAGAAACGAAGGAAAUAUAUUACGAAGUCAUUGCUGAGGUUGGGAUGUGUACAUACGCUGAUUAUGAUAUAGAUGACUACGAAAGUGGUUCCAGCCGAAAGAGGGAGCUACGCUCGCCGCUUCGUUUCAUCCGGAUGUUGACGCCGAACAUGCUGAAAAGCUUCGACGAAAACAAGAUCCAUCAACAUCCCGUCGUACAGCAAUGGAUCACACGGAAGUUUAUUCGCGCCAUUCCGUUUAUUAUUUUUUGGUUCUUCGUGAGGAUCAUGUUCCUCGUAAGUCUAGUGGUGUUGGACCCGAAGUUGAUGAUAAACCGAACCCUUAACUGCAUUUCGGAACCAAAUUACCGUCUCUGUAAAGCGGGCGGAGAUGACCCACCCAUCGACUUCACGCUGUUCUUCUCCGAUCUGUCUGUCUACUUGAGCUGGCUUAUAAUAGCCUAUGAUAUCGUAGAAUUCACAUAUUACGUCCUUGAAAAAGACAGGUGGAAGCUCCACGGAGGGUUCUUCCAUAUUUUCAGAAAGUACGUUUCUUAUACUGUAUUCUACAGAGUGAUCCAGUAUUUGCUGGCAAUGGUCAGUUUGUCAAACUUCUACGUUUCCAAGAAGUCGGAUCCGGACUCCAUCAACAUGGCCAAGGCAGUUUCUCUUCCCCUGAUUCUAAUGUCCUUCAUGUACAUAUUGGAACUUUUGCCAAUUUUCGGACUCUUCGCGAUAACUUUACAAAAGAUGGCGACAACGCUGAUAAAAUUCGCCUUCUUUACGGUGUUCAUUUGGGUGAUUUAUGCAUAUUUCUUUAUGAUUUGUUUGCCGCACACCGAUACGAACUUCAGCAAUCUCGGAACGAGUAUCUAUACACUGUUUCUUAUCGAAAGUGGUAACUUCAACUUCACAGAUCUCACAAGCUACGUCAUGUUGGCGCACAUCACGUAUUAUUACGCCUCGGCGGUCAUGUUGUUGAACUAUCUCAUCGCGAUCAUGUCGACGCUCUCCGACGAGAUGGGAAAACAGAAAGAGCUCUGUCUGACUCUGCGGCGCCUGGACAUCGCCAUCUUGUUGGAUGACCGUUUUGGGCGCUGGUUCCGGAUGAUCAUAUACCUCUGCAGCAAAACAAGAAAAAGGAUCCGACUCGCUGUGCUGAAUCCACAGAGGUUCAAGAGAAUUAAACUGAACGUCGAGCUUGAUGGCGAACAGCGUGUUUUGCUCUAAGCGAUACAUUUAUAAUUCUGUCUUAUACACGUUGUCAAUUUAUCUACAUGUGUGGCUGCCGCCAGAGUGCAGAGCAUGAUUUAUCUAUACUAUCCGUAAAGCUCGCUGCCAUCAUGCAACUUACCACGGAAUACUGUACUGUAUUACCCAGCAUACCAUUGCCCUUUAAGAGGUUAAAGAGACCGGCCGGUGGCGCCCCACUUUGUAAUGGUUUUGCCAUUGUGGCGUUUUGAUCCUUUUGAAAGACAGUUCCGCCCCUCCCGCUGUGGUGUCUUGUACAUGUAUAUCUAAAAAUGAUCGAACAGUUAGUUAGUCACGACAUGGCCCGACGAGUACUACAGUAGUCCCGGGAGUAAAGUCCCAGUUGCUUUUAUUUUUUCAAAAUUUCCGUUAAUGCGUUUUCUUCCUUCUUGACUAUGACUGUUCUUAAAUAUUGCAUUAUAAAAUAUGAUUAUACGGGCUACAUGCACAACUGUCAGUAAUGUACAAUGCGACGAGACUCUGGGUUGCCAAUGGUCCGAGUUCCUGUAACUGAAUAUGGUAAAAUAAUGUGAAAAAGAGUUUAAAAUAAGCACUGACGCGCUUUUAAACAAAUUGAACAAAUAUCAUUUUGUAGAUAAGUCACUCUUUACAAUGAUAGCGAAUCGUUGGUCGCCAUGUCAACGCGGUAUUUAAACAAACCAAUUACGAUGUACACUGUAAAUGUAGAACAAUGCCAUCGUCUCGAUUGCUAAUUGCGUCAACCCAGCGAACAAGUUAUCCGUGUUCUGGUCAGAUUGUUUUGUGGUUCAUUUUGUGCGAAUCCAUUCGCCACUUGUGAUGUUCGGCGGAGAUCGCUUGCAAGUCACGUAACUGUGGGACACUCGUUCACUCAAAAAGUUGGUUUCGUUGAUGCCAAGGUAACAAGUUUUUCGAAUUUGGUAGCUUAAAUCCAUCGGUUGUUUUUGUCUGUUUUAAGGAUUCUCUUCUUAUUUCAUCAGAGGAGAAACCUCGACAAGCUGCUGUGUUAUUGCAAAUGUUCAGUCAGCCUAAAGCGCCCCGCACACGAACGAUUUUAGUCACUGCUACCUGCGAUUAUAUAACGCUGCUAUGUGCCACAAAAGAGCACUCGUCUGCGGGUAAAACAGGAGAUCGCUAGUUUUGAUCGCAGAUUAUUAUCGCAGGUACCUGCCACUUUAAUCGCUCGUUAGCGGCGCUUUAUUCGCUUCGACCUGUGACAGAGCGAUGUCCACACGACGAUUUCGUGGCCCCGUCGCAGUUUGCAGCGAAUAAAAUAGCUCGCGACGUAUGCGCGUCGCUUGACUUCGGUUGCUUGGACUGAUGGGUGGUUAAUUUUUUUAGCUUCGUGAAUGCCGGGCUAUUUUCACUGCGUCUAGGUCACUCGUGAUGAGAAUUCAAUGAAAUAUUUCAUAUUAUGUAUUUGAACGAUGGCAUUUGCUAGAACGGACUGUAUUGAAUUCAGUUUAGGUAGGCCGUAUACUAUAUUGCCAAACAUGCAAAGAAAUAGUGUCAAGCGUUUUUCAAGUUCCUCCGCGCCACAUUCAAAUACAAAAAUAAUUGGAUUGUUAUUUUGAAGGAGAACCCGAGAGAGUCUUCACCCUUUUCGUUACUAUUGUUCGCCGAUCAGGCGCACAUAGGUGAGAGAGGUAUGUUCCAAACACAUAAAAAAAAGGAAAAAUACUUUAACAUCGGCCGAUGAAGUUUUUCACAGACGUGGCAUGUCAAGUAGCAUGCCACAGCCUAAAGUCAAUAUGCCUGAUGCCAAGUUGCCUUUUGUCAUUUCGCCUUAUGACUACAUUAUAUUUCUACAGCGAGAAGUACAUUUGCAGUCUCUAAAACAGCAGAUGCUGACAAUGGCCUUCCACUCGACCCCCUUUACGAAAUAUUGACUAUCAAUUCGAAGCGUCUCAAGUAGUACAUUGAUACUUGCACUGUCCCUAUCAGUGUAAACACGU